GUUUUCGUUUUCAUGGAGCGGCGCAUGUGAAAUGGGCAAAUCGAAAAGAGCAGUUGUGUUUGGUUUGUGAGGCUGCCAAGAGCGAGUAGCGAACGCGGACGAUGAAUAAAAUAUUUGGGUGCCUACUGUUUGCCCUGUGUCUGCUGCUGCUCAUUGGGCCAACGCCCGGAAAUGGCCAAUCCCCGGAUGGCUCGCAACGACUCCUGGUGGCCAUCCACUACGAGGCCCUGUGCCCGGACAGCAUGAACUUCAUCCGGCGCCGAUUGUACGAUGCUCUGCAGGACAACGACUGGUGGUCGGUCACCGAUCUGAAGCUAUAUCCAUUCGGCAAGGCGGGUUUCUACAAUAACACAUCCACGGGCGAGAGACAAGUGUUUUGCCAGCAUGGCGUGGAUGAGUGCGAACUGAAUGCAGUCCAUGCCUGCAUCCUUGAGACCCUGGACAUCCGCAAGGCCUUCAAUCUGAUCUACUGCAUGCUGCGCUCCUACUCGAACGAGCUGGACUCCUGCUCCCGGAGCAUGGGUGUGGACGUGGCCAAGGCCAGGCAGUGCAAGAGAUCGCGGUCCACGCCAGAAAUAUUGGCGCCCUAUGGCAAGGAAACCCUCAAGCUGGGCAUCUCCUUUGUGCCCACCAUUGUGUUCGAGAAUGACUUCGAUCCCUACGACCAGCGGAGCAUUCGCAACAAUUUUGAAAGACACUUUUGCCGGCAGUAUUUGAAAAAGUUCAACAUCAAACUGCCCACUUGUUAGCCCAUUUUAUAAACUUUUAUGUAAUGUACACUGAGUAAUGUCACUGUUUCAAUGUUCCAAGACCAAUAAACAAUAGUUAUGUACAACCA